GCCUGCUGUCACCAUGACGACCAUUCACCACGAGCAGAUGCUGCAGGAGCACGUGUCCAUGGAGUUCUCCAGCUCCACCACCCACGUGCAGACCUUCUCCCAGACAACCAGGAUCGUGGGAGAGGAAGUCGUGACAAGGAAGUCCUCGAGCACUGUAGAGUUCUUCAGCUUGGUGACUCGGAGUACUGACAUCCCUGCAGGCGAGAGCGUCCCCGAGUUCGUGGAGAAGCCUCACCCGGUCACCGCGCCCGAGGGGGAUAAAGCUGUGUUUCGAGCCCGGGUGCAGGGGAACCCCAAACCCAACAUCUCCUGGAAGAGAGAGAGCGGCAUCCCCAUCAAGGAGUCGGCCAAGAUGUUCUACGACAGCAUCAACAAGGAGCACGUGCUGAAGCUGGAGCCACUGACCUCCGAUGACUCUGACAACUACAAGUGCAUUGCAAGCAAUGACCAUGCAGAUGCCAUCUACACUGUGUCCUUGCUGGUGACAGAAGGUCAUGAAAAAAUGGAUUUCAAAAAGAUGUUGAAGAAGAGGGGACUCCCUGCUCCCAAGAAGAAGCAGAAGAAGGGGAUAGGUGAGAAAGAGAUGCUGGAGAUUUUGUCCAAGGUACCCAAGAAGGACUUCGAGAAGGUCUGCAUGGAGUAUGGUUUCACUGAUUUCCGGGGGCUGCUCAAGAAGCUCAAAGAGAUGAAGAAAGUGGAGGUGGAGACCAUCCGGAUUCUGAAGCCCCUGGAAGACAUAGAGACCAAGAUUGACACCACUGUGGUCUUUGACUGCAUCAUGGAGCUGAAGGACCCCAAUGUCAAGAUGAUAUGGAUGAAGGAUAAUGAGCCACUGAGGAUCCAGUACUCCCUAGGCAAGUAUGAUGUGAAGCAGAUAGGCACCAAGUACAUGCUGGUUAUUACCAAUGUGAACAUGAACGACGCAGGAACCUACAGCCUGUCCGUGGGUGACAAGAAGAUGAGAGCAGAGCUCACAGUGCUGGAUGAGCCGCUGAAGUUCUUGGGAGAGAUGACACCAGUGAAGGUGACAGAGCGCCAGACAGCUGUUUUUGAGAUCCGCCUUUCCAAGAAAGUGCCCAACUUUGUGUGGAAGUUCAAUGGGAAGGAGCUGAAGAGGGAUGAAAAGUAUGAAAUCACAGUGUCUGAGGAUGGUCUGACCCACACACUUAAGAUUAAGGAUGCCAGACUCAGCGAUGCCGGCGAGUUCUCUGCUGAGGCGGGGGACCUGGUACAGAAAGCCCAGCUCACUAUUGACCGCAUCCCCAUCAAGUUUGUGAGAACCCUAAAGAACGUACGUGUGAAAGAGAGGAGCCGUGCAUGCCUUGAGUGUGAGCUGACCUCCAAGGAUGUGACGCUGUACUGGAAGAAGGAUGGGCGGCUGCUGGAGCGCAGCACCAAGUACAGCAUGAGCCAUGAGGGCAAACGAGCAGAGCUGGUCAUUGAGGACGCACAGCUCAGUGACAGUGGCGAGUACACCGUGGUGGCCAUGCAGGACGGAGACCCCACUGAAUACUACAGUACUGCUGUGGUCACCGUGGAGGAGCGUCUGGCCACGGUGAAGAGCGGGAUGUCCGACGUGCAUGCGGCCACCGGGAGCCCAGCUGAACUGUGCGUGGUGCUGAACGACGAGAAGGUGGAGGGCGUGUGGCUCAAGGAUGGCAAGGAGAUCACGGACUUGCCCGGCGUACAGAUCGUGAAGCAGGGUGCAGUGCACAAGCUCAUCUUCCCCAAUAUGGGCCCGGAGCACGAGGGCAAGUACACCUUCCGGGCCAAGGGCGCAGAGAGCGAGGCCUCCGUAUUCAUUGCAGAUCCACCUACCAUCGACCCGUCGGUGCUGGAGGCGCUGGCCGCGCACCCCGUGACUGUGAAGGUGGGUCACACGGCAAACAUCAAGGUGCCCUUCCGGGCGAAGCCGCUGCCCAAAGUGACGUGGUACAAGGACGGCAUGGAGGUGACAGAAGAGGAACGUGUGUCCAUGGAGCGCGGGGAAGACCAGGCGCUGCUCACCAUCUCCAACUGCGUGCGUGAGGACAGUGGCCUCGUUCUGCUGAAGCUCAAGAAUGACUACGGCACAGCCACAGCCACUCUGCACCUCAGCGUGCUGGACCGUCCGAAACCUCCCCAGGGCCGGGUGGAAUUUCUGGAACUCUCGGGUAAUUGUGUGCACAUGAAGUGGAAGGCCCCCAAAGACAACGGUGGGCGGCCUGUGACCCAGUUCAUAGUGGAACGGAGGAUGGUCGGCAAGAAGUCCUGGAUUAAGAUAGGCGAGGUGGACAGCAAACUCACGAAAUUUGCCACCAACAAGGUAGAAGAGGGAAAAGCCUACCAAUUUCGUAUCCUGGCGGUUAAUUCAGAAGGAGUGAGCGACCCUCUGGAAACAGAUGAAGUGUUUGCAGGAAAUCCCAUUGAGCCCCCUGGUCUUGCCUCCCAGCCUCAAGUGACUGAUGUGACCAAAGACAGCAUGACCAUCACAUGGAAUGCCCCUACCCAGGAUGGGGGAGCCCCAGUGCUCGGCUACAUUGUGGAGCGGAGGAAGAAAGGCAGUAGCCUCUGGGUGCCGGUCAACAAGGAGCCCAUCCAAGGUACCAAGUGCACUGUGGAUGGUCUCCUGGAAGACACAGAAUAUGAAUUCCGAGUUAUAGCUGUGAAUAAGGCAGGCCCUGGACAGCCCAGUAUGGCAUCCAACUCAGUGGUAGCCAAGGACCCUGUCAAGCCCCCAGGCCUGGUGCAGGGUCUGCACGUGUCUGAUUCCUCCAACUCCAGUAUCUCCCUGGCCUGGCGGGAGCCUGCAGAGGGAGACCCACCUUCUGGCUACAUCCUUGAGAUGCGGGCCGAAGACACUAAGGAGUGGUCCAAGUGCACAAAGAUCCCCAUCUCAGGCACCUGCUACACGGUGGGAGGCCUCACCGAGAGGCAGAAAUACUUCUUCCGAAUCCGGGCUGUGAAUGAGGCUGGGGUUGGGGAGCCUGUGGAACUGGAUGAGGGGGUUCGUGCCAUGCCACCACCAGCUGCCCCCAAGUUUGACCUCAGUGCCCGACUGAAGAGUCACAUGGUGGUUCGUGCUGGGACAGCCCUCUGCAUCCAUGCUGCCUUCUCUGGCUCACCACCACCUAACGUGAUCUGGCAGAAAGACGGCAUCCCCACCAAGGGCAGGGAAACCAUCACCAAGGGCAAAAACCAUUCUCAGUUCCUCAUCAACAGCACCAAGCGCUCUGAUUCAGGGGUGUACCGCAUCUUGCUCCAGAAUGAGUUUGGAGAGGCAUCCUAUGACAUCCACGUGCGUGUGGCAGAUUUUCCGCGGCCGCCCACAAACCUACAGCUGUUUGAGGAGGUCCCCAACACGGUGACUCUGACCUGGAACCACAGCCCUGACGUGCAGGAGGAUAGUGAGGCCCACUACGUCAUCAUGAAGCGGGAUGCCAGCAGCCCCACCUGGUUCACAGCAGCGGAGCGCGUCUUCAGCAACAAGUACACGGUGACCGGGUUACUCCCUGGCAGGAAGUACUACUUCCGAGUAGUGGCCCGGAACGAAAUCGGUGACAGUGACCCACUCGACUCCAAGGAUACCUGGCUCAUCGUCAAGGACAAGAUCGAGGACCUGAGCGCCAAGCUGAAGCCGUAUGAGCAGAAGGACUGGCGCCACGCACCGCGCUUCCUGAUCCCGCUCAAGCCGCACACGGUGCUGCGCGGCCAGGACUGCACCAUGACGUGCGCCUUCCUUGGGAACCCGCGGCCCACGGUGACCCUCUACAAGGGCGACGUCAACAUCACGGCCAACUCCAAGUUCUGGUACAACUCCACCAGCGGGGUGUGCACGAUCGUCAUCCCCACCUGCACGCUCAAGGACAGCGGGGAGUACAGCGUGCUGGUGGAGAACGAGCUGGGCAAGGACCGCAGCAGCUGCGCGCUCACGGUCUACGACAAGGAUGACAAGUCAAUUCUAGCGUCAGUCACCGAGAGUCUGCAGAAGAAGUCCAAGCACCUUAUGUGAUCUCCGGCCCAGCCCAGGCAUCGGGAGGAUGUUGUUAUAGGUGGUUUCUGGGCCUAUCCUGUGUGUGUCCCCAGUGACGGCGGCCCAGUUCGCUCCCUGGUGCUUG